UUUUGGUAGCAAACUAGACAGACCGUAACACACGACUUCUGUGCUUUCACUUCCUGCAAAGGAACAAAAACUUGUAGACUUAUUUUGCGAAUAGAACGCACUACCUUGAACCACUAGAACUGCGUUAGAUUGGUGCAUGUUGGUACACCUGACUAAAAUUAAACAGCUGAUCCCAUUGACUGAUUUGUACCAUUACUGUCUUUGUGAUGGGUGACACGUGUGAUUGGAUACGUUAUAAGGCUAACCAAACGGAGAGACAGGGCAUUUUAUUCUGACCGUCGGGGCGAAUGGACGUUAGUAUGGAUGACAUUUCAGGUGGCGGAAGAGGUUCUGGACAGCCCUAUUCAGCAUGUAUGGGCCUGAUUUAUGUUUUCAACCUCAUUGUGGGUACUGGUGCACUGACGCUGCCUGCAGUGUUUGAAAGAGCUGGCUGGGCACUUGGACUUUGCCUCAUUAGUGUGCUGGCAAUCAUUAGCUACAUCACUGUGACAUUUGUGAUAGAAGCAAUGGCUUCAGCCAAUGCCAUUGUCCAGUGGAAACUUCUACAAGAGAUGAAAUAUACUGUGCAGACGGAAUCCUCAAGUGAAGACAGCACAGAGGAUCAACCUCUUGUCUCUCAUGACACUGUACAGAAGCUUCCAUCCCAGUCAAGUCACUGCUAUGUUAUUCAACAGAAGAUUGAGAUGGGUCAGAUGGCAUCUCUAUUUUUCAACAGAACUGGACAGUCAUUGUUCUUUCUGUGCAUUGUGGUAUACCUGUAUGGGGACCUGUCCAUCUAUGCAGCUGCAGUGUCCAAGUCUCUGAUGGAGGUUGCUUGCACAUAUAACACUUCCAGCAACCUCACACUUACAGAUACUGACAUCUGCUGGGAGAAUGUCGACUUGACACGUAUCGGUGCAUAUAGAAUAUUCCUGGGAGUUUUCCUUGCAACAUUAGGCCCAUUUACAUUCUUUGAUGUGCAGAAGACGAAGUAUUUGCAGAUGAUUAGCAGCAUUCUGCGUCAGUUAGCAUUUGGUAUAAUGAUAAUAACAGCCAUCCGAGACCUGAUUGUGGAUGGGACUAAGGGUCAUCCUCAGACAGCUGAUAUAACGGGUGUCCCUGAGUUGUUCGGAGCGUGUGUAUAUUCAUUCAUGUGCCACCACUCUCUUCCGGCUUUGGUGUCACCGAUUGCAGACAAGUCUCGCCUCUUCAGAUUGCUGGCUCUCGACUACCUACUCAUCACUGUGUUCUACAUACUGCUUGCACUCACUGGUGUAUUUGCAUUUGCACAGGUCAGUGACUUGUACACUCUGGACUUCAGUCAGCAUUGGCUGGGGAAGGAAGCAUUCCUCAUUCCACGUUACUUCCUAGCUCUCUUCCCAGUGUUCACUCUUAGUACCACUUUUCCUAUUGUGGCAAUCACACUACGGAACAAUCUUAGAUCCUUGUUCCUCACUGAAGGGCACCAUUAUCAGUGGUGUCUUGGCAAGGUGCUUCUCCCGCUCUUGGCUGUGAUUCCUCCCAUUCUGGUUGCCAUGGCCACUAAGAACCUUAAGAUUCUUGUGGGUGUGACUGGAUCAUAUGCUGGUACUGGCAUACAAUAUCUCAUACCAGCUUUCCUGGUGUUUAAUGCCAGGAAGAGAACAUUAAAAGUGAUCGGACAGGGUGUCAAGAAUGAUUUUGAAUCACCAUUCAGAGGAAAAGGCUGGGUGAUAUUUGUGGUGGUGUGGGCAGUUGCAUGCAUCAUCUUAGUAUCCGUUAACUUCAUCAAGAAUUAUUUUAUAUAGCAUAAUUUUUAUAAUGAAUAAUAAAGAACUGAAAUAUAUAUAUAUAUUGGUUGCAUGACAGUUUCCAUCUUUUCCUUUGUCCUGUUGAUCUGUCAUUGUUAAACCCCUUUGUGCUUUUCUUUUCUGUACAUAUUAACUUUUUAAAGCUGGUGCUUUUAAAUUUUUUUGUUAUCAGUUAUAGUGUUACAUAAUUGUAGUACAUAAAUUAUUAUACAUUCGUUUUCUUCUGUAAGAGAAACUAAAGCCUAUAGCAUUUUGAUAAUGAAGCUAUGAAUAAAACCUUACCAUGAAAUGUUACUAACUGGAUCAUGGCUCUGUUAUGUUAUGAAUCUUUCAACCUUCAUUCACUGUAGUUUCAUUGUUAGCUAUGUUAGCUAUCUUAACUCAGAGAUUUUUGUAAUUGUAAUGCUGUAAAUAUGAGUAGUGUUUUAAUUUUUCUUUCUUGCUGUCAGAAUGUGGUUAUUCAGGCAUAUUGUGAAUAUUAAAAAUUCAGCAAAAAUUUAAGGUACUCAGGUGCCAAAAGCCAUGGGAUAUCAGUAUGUAAAUUUAUUGUUAAGUGGCACCACUGGCCCUUGAUGGCUUGGGAAUGCCCAGACCUAUAUCAGUUGUGAGGUGUUCUCUUGUGAAUCAUGUUGAACACCGGCCAGUCUGCUCAAGGCAAGGCAACAUGAAUUAUUGGAAUUUGAAUGGGGCAUGAUAGCGGGGUGCCAGACAGAUGGGACAUUCCUUUUCCGAAAUUGUGCAGCCAUUCAACAUUCCUUGAUCCAUGGUGUUACAUGUGUACCGGGAAUACCUCGUGGAAGGCCUUGCCACCCACCAUGAACAGUGCAAUGGCCAACCAUGGGUGCUUAAUGAUCGUGACCAGAGGCAUCUAGUUAGAAUUGUGUGUGGUAACAGACAAGCGACACUGGCUGAAAUCAGAUCCACAUUCAAUGCAGGAGGUACCAGACGCAUAUCCAGCAGGUCAGUGCAGUGUUCUUUAGCUUCCAUGGGAUAUGGGAACAGAAGACCCACCAGAGUGCCACUGUUAACACUAUGACAUCAGUCACAGUGCCUCACCUGGGCUUGUGACAUUGCUAAUUGAACCCUGGCAGAAUGGCAACAUGUGGCAUUGCCUGAUGGUCACGGUACCAGUUGUUUUGGGCAGAUAGUAGGGUUUGGGUGUAGUGCAGACCCCAUGAGGCCACGGGCCCCAGUUGUCAACAAGACACUCUGCAGGCUGGUGGUGUUUCCAUACUGGUGUGGCAUGUGUUCAGUUGGCAUGGGUUGGGUCUGCUGGUCCUCCUAACAUGUCAUUGACCGGUGACAACUACGUUGCACUGCUUGGCAACCAUUUACAGCCCUUCAUGGACUUUAUGUACCCCCACAAUGAUGGAAUAUUCCAGCAGGAGAGUGCAAAAUGUCACCAGGCCCAAGUUGUCGAGAAUUGGUUCAAAGAGCGUUCUGGAGAGUUCUGACGAAUAGUGUGGCCACCACGUUCACUCAACAUGAACCCAGUUGAGCAUUUAUGGGACAUGCCACCAAACCCUCAUGGAACUG